AUGAUUAGAUUACCAACUGGAACCCAUAUUCAAAUAUCAAAUAUGGUCGAUGAAAAACCCACGAUUGAACAACAAAGACGAGCCGAACUAAAACAUCGUCUUAGUAACAGAGAAGCAGUUGACUUUAGUUCACGAUUAGAAAGAUUUUCGUGGACACAAGUCAAUGAAUAUUGUUUAUUGCCAACUAUCUUUAGGGACGGUAUUAAUAGUAGAGACGAGUAUUUAUGUGUUCAAAUGUUAGAACAGAAAUUAUUUUCCCAUUAUCCUCAACAAAUAUUUGAUUACUGUGUUCAACACUAUCCUAUUCGAUUUUACUCAAUCACACAACAUGAAGCUGAUUUAUUAAACAGAAUUAAUUCUUGGCAUACGAACACUGCGUACGGUAAUUAUGUUUAUACGAUUUCAGAUCAAAUAACACAAUUGACAUCAUUCAAAAUAUUUUACAAUCUUCUAAGAACGACAGUACUUACGCCCAUUCAAUCAAUGCAUCCUCAUUUAAAGUCUACUCCAAUUUCUCAAAUACCUGCGCAUAUAUCACCGACUAACGCGUCAAAUUUAUUCAGUUUUUGGGCAUCAAUUCCACCAUAUCAAGGACAAGAACUACCACAAUCAAAUCGUGUUAUUGCACCAAAAAUAAUCAGACCUAAAGCUCAAAUAGCACAUAAGCAACAAACGAAACAUUCGCCCUUGAUAUUUAUGACAAAAAAGCAAAAGAAUAUUCAAAAACAACAGGUGCUAUCAUCAGAGACAAACGCACAAACCAAGCAAAUUUCCAAACUAUCAAAAGCCGGUAAAAAAAAUUUCAGUUACUUAAUAUCAGAUUCACAUGCCUCUCAUCCUCUGGCAGCAUCGCCUGUUACAAAUAUAAAACUACCAGAAAGUGUGAAUAUUCUACAAGAACCAAUAGUAUCACAUGAACUUCAGAAUCAAUUAUCUGCUGCAACCCCAGAUAAUCGUUCUUCAUCGAGACAAGAUGCAAAAAUGACUUAUAAUAAUUCAGCGAAGAACCCUCCAUUAUUACGUCCAUUGUCAACUCCAUCAACCACCAACGGCAAAAAUUUCCAUCGUUACAUCGUAUUCCAAGGUGAACAAAUGUUAUGCUAUUAUACGUCUCAGAGUGAUAGUAGUGGUACAGAGAUCAAAGCAUGUCAGUGUCUUGCACUACAAGACGUAAUAAGACUAUUUUUUUCUAAAUCAAAUAUCGACAGAUUAAUUCGAUUAUGUCGAUUAAAACAAGUGACACGAUAUAAACCGGAUAAAACUACGAAUGUCGAUUCUAAUUUGCGACUAGUAAGUAUCGAAGAUUUACAGAAACACUGGAGUUAUAUAACCAAAGAAAUGGAUGGUACACAACAGCAAAAAACAGAACCAUUGAAAAACUCAACAGAUCACACCUUGAUGAAGUCGAACAAAAUAAUCGUCAAUAAUUCUGUCGUUAAAACAACAACAGUGCCACUGAGAGACACGCAGCAAAAGAAUUUAUCAAAUAAUGCUUCUAUAAUCAAUGAAAUAGCAAACCAGUCGAGUGAUGUUAAUACUUCACCAUCGAUAUCCACUAAUUCGACUUUCAAACCAUCUGCCGAGAAAAUAUUACCAUCAGUUGAUGAAUAUUCAGCAACAAAUAUAGAAGAGGGAGAGAUUGUAUCAGAAAAUAAAAAUGAAACAGAGAUAUCCUCAGUAACAGAGGAAUUUGAGUCAUCACUAAAAAUUGAUGAAUGUGUUCGUUCAUCUGAACAUUCAGACAUGUCAUUGCAAGUAUUAAGUAUCGAAGAUAAAUCAUCACCAGCGACAGAAGACAUAAACCCCCUCUCUUCAGCUUGUAAAAUUCAAGACGACAAUGUGAAUGCAAAGAAACCAUUAAAAGAGUAUGUUUCUUUCUCGAUAAAUAACAUUUUAUCAUCGGUUGACUUAGAUGUUGAACAGGAAGCUUUAUCUACUACUGAACGUGUCGAACAUACUCAGUCUCAUUGUAUUUUAACACCAAUAUUAGACGAUUUAACAGAAAAAGAGUCCUUAACAAAUGUUCCAUUGUCAAAAGAUACUAGUUCGGAUUUACUGCAUAGUAAAUUGUUAACAUCAGAUGUUCAACAAGAAACAAUUACAAACAGCACACAUAUCUCAGUCGAGAGUUCAACAUCUCCUCUUGAUAUGUCAGUUGUGCAAAAUACGCCUCUUUCUUCUGUACUACCGUCUAGUCAGGAAACGGAAGUAUCAGAGGAGUUGACAGUGCUCAAUCAAAUCGAUGACCAUUACGUCAAACCUAAUGAAACGUUGAUGGCAGCAACGGUUGAUUCUUUGGACAUACAGAAUUCAGCAAAAGUGCUAAUGUGUGACACAUCUGUUAUUGAGAAUGAAUCUAAAUCCACAUCAAAGCGAAAAUUAUCCGCAUCAUCGGAAGAAUUAUCGACAGAUUCAAACAACAAUAAAACACACAAUCAACUGUCGAAACAACAGCUCGAUGAUCCUGGACGCGGUAGAAAGAGAUUAAGAAGAGCGAAACGUUAUGAGGAUGAUAGUGAUUUUGACAUGAAGCACACAAGCUGCACAUCACUACCAGCAACAAAAACAAAAUCGCCUAUCAACAAACGACAAAAACCAACACGUGGAAAAAUUAUCCAUAAAUUAACUACUCGUCAACCAACAGAUCGAUAUCCUCUUCGUGAUAAAUACCCAAAAAUCAGAAGUCAUAUGCCACAGUGGACAAAACAAUUUCACAUUAGAUCGUGUACUGUUCUACUAAGCAACUUGGAUCCUACGACGUACGAUUUAUAA